UGCUUGUUGCUUGAUCGUUAUGUUAUCUUGAUGUUAUCAAAGACACAGUGUGAUGAAGAACUAAUUUUUAACUAUAUCAUCCUACUUCAAGUCAUGAAUAACCCAACAGAAAUGGUGGUGGCCAUUUCACUGGCCAUCCUUGGUGUUGUAUUUUUUGCCUGCGUCAUCAUUCUCAUCUACAUCUGCCGCAACCGCUUCAACCAGCAUAAGAAAUUGGUCAACUAUAUGGACUUCAAACAGGACAGUCAGCUGAUCACAGAGGAGUGGACAGACAUGGAGCUGGAUGACGUCAACUUCUCGCCUCAGUUUGAGUCCAUCCUCAGCGAUGCCCGCUGGGUUGAUGAUGCCACUGGACUGGUGCCGCACUGUCUGGACAUCCUGAAGACGUGCCACCAGUUGACCGAGUACCUGGUGGCGCUGGCCAUGGGGCCGGUGCGCAAGGAGCGCGUCCAGGAGAUCGCCGAGGUAUCGCGGCUCAUCUCGCCGCGCGUGGACGACGUGGUGCGCUCCAUGUACCCGCCGCUGGACCCGCGCCUGCUCGAGGCGCGCAGCUCGGCCCUGGUGCUCAGCGUCAGCCAGCUGGCGCUCAUCGUGCGGUCUGCCAGUAACAGCGCCAACGCCACCCACUUCCAGAUCAUCACCACCAUGCUAGCUGACAUGAACGACCACCUCCGGGUUCUCCGCGAGGCGGCGCUCAACCACGAGGCGUGUCUGGGCGAGGUGGCCUCUGUGGGCGGCCCCGACGAGAGCACCGCGUGAACCGCCCCCGCCCCCGCCCCCGCCCCCGCCCGGCGGAGGCCCCGGGCCGGCGCGGGGGCCGCCGUCGCCGCCAGGGAGCAGCGUGGCGCCCUGAGCCGCCGCCGCCGCCGCCAGCGCGGUGAGCCGAGCGGCACUGACCACACCGCACGGGAGUAAACACUCGGCUGGGGCGUUAUUUUACACUUAAACGCUGUAGUCGCUGGCGUUCUUCGUGAGUGUACCGCCUCUUGUACACGGGGGUACGGUGGGGAGGAUCUGAAGGCCACAUGGGCCGCUCACACUGCUUUGUGUGAGCCUCCUGUAUAAUCAUUUACAAUAAGACAAAUACUUAUAUAAGAAUCGUUUAAGCGGUCAUAUCUCAUAAGUGACUAUAUCUGAUUCGGUGACACCGGCUUGAGCUGAGCUUGGAGUAAAUCAUGUUUGCAACCUUUUUUCCGUCCAUUUGUUUUGACGUUUGAAAAAUGACGUAAAUACUCGUGUUGGGAAGUUGAUAAAAAUGUUCCAAACUCGGGGUUACUACCAAAAUAAGCCCCUAGGCAACACAAAACCUAGACAAGCCUCACACAUUCCUUGCUGCGUGCAUUUUCGCCGAUACACGCGUUUGAGCAUUGUCAUUGCAUAAAAUAUCGCAUAUUUCUCACGUGUUGUGUGGUUUUCUCAGCAUGAUUGUUUAAAAAUUAUCUCAUCCGCCAGAUCUGCCUACUUUAUUCACAUUCCCUAGGCCUAAAAGCUCAUUGCAGCCACCUCGGUUGGAAAAUGAUGUUACUGGCUGAGUUUUACCGAGCACAUUCCUGCCGUGCUGUCUCCAAGUGUGAUUUGCUAGACGGGGAAACGACUGUACCUGUGAUUGCCGUUUCUCUGGAUGAUACGAACGUGUGUUUAUGAAUGCGCUUGUGUACAUGCUGUGUGGUAUCAAGUUACACCCGGCGCUCGAACGACGGAUCUGUGGCAUUGGGCCAACCGUCGAUAGAUCUGAAUAUGAAUUAUUUUGGUGAAGGGACGCCUAUGCGUGUACGCCAUUUUUUUUUUUUGUCACAAAUGAGAUGCUAUGGAGUUGUUUGCAAUGGCGCACCUGGAUCUGAAUGCAAUGCGUGAUAUUGGGCGUUGGUAGUUUGGUGACAGGGUGAUACGGUUGUGUAGAAAAGCUGGCGAAUGACAUCGUUUAGUUGUAGUUAAGCCUUUGAAUUUGGUGCGCGUGCAUGUGAACAGUCGUACCAUUUUGUGUGGGGCGCUGGGCUGACGCUGGGGCUCUGUUUCACCACUAUACCGUGCGUGUUGUGCGUGCGCCGACCGUACCAAGGGUGGCCCGGGCGGCCAGGGAUGACCUGAACCUACCCUCCCGCUCUGCCCCGGCCGGUCCGAUCGUGCGUCGCCACUGCGGGUGGUGAACCGCUCCCCAAUCUCCUUAUUACUUAUAGUUGGAAGUAGUCUAGCUGUCUGCUGACGGGUGUAGUUACAUAAAUUGCGAUGAUAUAGAAACUAAGCUAGACUUCAUCAGACAUGAAGUCAUUGAGAUUAUUUUAUCGUGAAUUGUGUAGAAAGAUGUGUGGGGAGGCAUCGUAACAUAGGAGGUUUUCUAACCUCAUGAUGCUGCCGUUUUCUCAACGUCUCGAGUGCUUUCGCGAUGUGCCGCGUUUUUAUUGAACAUUUACUCUUCCAAAAGUUGUGCCUUAUAAAUAUUGGAGGUCCUGCUGUCAUAUCUGAUUAUUCAGUGGAUACGUAAUGUUUCCUCCAACCAUAGACGCUGGUCCGCUCGAAGCGUGUAACCAGACGCUUCCAAAAGGGAACAGAGCUGCAGUACGGCCACCAAUUAGAACCAGCUGCUUUUUGCGGAUAGUUAUUGUUCUGAUUUUGAAAUUUUAGCACAUAUAGGUAUGCUAUAUGUACCAAGCUAGAAUAAUACAUAUUUUGGAUACA